GUCCCGAUCUGUUUUAGGAGCAGUUUGUGUUUAACAGUGUUCGUGCGAAGAACCUUGCAAUGAAGGUUUCGACAACCAUCGUGUUUUUCGCCUUGUUAUUGGUUCUUGGAAUAACGAAUAUAACAGCUCAAUCUGGUUCUGCCUGCAUUACCCCUAACAAAGAAAACGCAAGAUGCAUCUCAAUUUAUUCAUGUCCAGUUUUAUAUGAUGCAGUAUCAACUACAGAUCCUCAAAUUAUUCAAUUUUUAAAGCAAUCACAAUGCGGGUUUUCUAGCACUCCUUUGGUGUGUUGUGGAAAACAGGCUAAUUAUGUUACCAGAACAUCUUUUAGUGAUAAUGGUGGUGCCGCGGCUGGAAACUUAUUACCUCCAGAAGAUCAAUGUGGGGUACAAAUAAAUGAUAAAGUUUUAAAUGGUGAAACAGCAGGUCUUCGUGAAUUCCCAUGGAUGGCUUUAUUAAGAUAUAGAAACGCAUCUGGUUUUGAAAGUAAUUCUUGUGGAGGAACCUUAAUCAGCGAUAGAUAUGUUAUAACAGCCGCUCAUUGUUUAAUUGGCGCCAUAAGAACUUUUAUUGGAGAUUUGAUUUCAGUGCGUUUAGGAGAAUUUAAUACGCAAACGGCAAAAGAUUGCGUUUUAACUCAAGGUUUUAAUCUUUGUGCUGAUGAUCCCGUAAAUGUGGGCGUUUCAGGGACCAUCCCCCAUCCUCAAUACGAUGAUACCUCAAGAGAUAGACUGUUCGAUAUUGGGUUAGUUCGAUUACAAAGAAGUGUAACUUAUUCAGAUUAUAUCAGACCGAUUUGUCUUCCAUCGCCGAAUGAAAGAGCAACCGUUGGAAAUUUCCUAACGGUCGUGGGAUGGGGAAGAACCGAAACUGGAAGAUACAGCCCCACCAAACAAAAAUUAUUAGUACCAGUUGUUGAACCAAAUCGAUGUGCUGCCACGUUUAGAACACAAAGAGUGACAUUGAGAGAUUCCCAAUUAUGUGCUGGAGGUGAAAAGGAUAAAGAUUCUUGUAAAGGAGAUAGUGGAGGUCCUUUACUUAAUUUAAGAAAUAAUGGGCAAUAUUUUAUUGAGGGGGUUGUUUCAUUUGGUGCUACUUGUGGUACUGAAGGUUGGCCGGGAAUUUAUACACGAGUUUCGUCUUAUUUGAGUUGGAUCAAACAGAAUUUGAAACCAUAAUUUCUUUUUUAUUAAGGCGUUUAAUUUAUAAUGUGAAAUUUUUGUAAUCAAUAAAUUAUUUUUUAUAAAAA